AUGGCGGACCGGCGGCGCGCGUGGAACACGGAGGACGACCUGCCCGUGUACCUGGCGCGGCCGGGCAGCGCGGCGCAGACCCCGCGCCAGAAGUACGGCGGCAUGUUCGCCGCGGUGGAGGGCGCCUACGAGAAUAAGACCAUCGACUUCGACGCGUACAGCGUGGGCCGCCGCGGCUCCGCGCGCACACCGCGCAGUGCGGGCCGGCUCGACGCGGUCGGCCUGCCGGGGCCCGGAGGCAGCGAGGACACGGCCAGCGACGUGAGCGAUCCCUCGGGCUCGGCAGUCAGUUCGCCGGGCGAGCGCGACGAGCGACCGCCUGCGCUGCGCAUCCGCUGCCCCGCGCCCCGCGACCUGCCACUCGGCCGGGACAAUGGCCAGAGUGACCGACUCCUCAUCAAGGGUGGACGAAUCAUCAACGAUGACCAGUCCUUCUAUGCCGACGUCUACCUGGAAGAUGGACUCAUAAAGCAAAUAGGAGAGAACUUAAUUGUUCCCGGUGGAGUGAAGACCAUUGAGGCCAAUGGGCGGAUGGUUAUUCCAGGAGGUAUCGAUGUCAACACGUACCUGCAGAAGCCCUCCCAGGGGAUGACAGCCGCUGAUGACUUCUUCCAAGGGACCAAGGCAGCACUGGCAGGAGGGACCACGAUGAUCAUUGACCAUGUUGUCCCUGAACCUGGGUCCAGCCUGCUGACCUCCUUCGAGAAAUGGCACGAAGCGGCAGACACUAAGUCCUGCUGCGACUACUCCCUCCACGUGGACAUCACCAGCUGGUACGAUGGUGUUAGGGAGGAGCUCGAGGUGCUGGUGCAGGACAAAGGUGUCAAUUCCUUCCAAGUCUACAUGGCCUAUAAGGAUCUCUACCAAAUGUCCGACAGCCAGCUCUACGAAGCCUUCACCUUCCUUAAGGGGCUGGGAGCUGUGAUCUUGGUCCACGCAGAAAAUGGAGAUUUGAUAGCUCAGGAACAAAAGCGGAUCUUAGAGAUGGGCAUCACGGGUCCUGAGGGCCAUGCUCUGAGCAGACCUGAAGAGCUGGAGGCCGAGGCCGUGUUCCGAGCCAUCACCAUCGCGGGUCGGAUCAACUGCCCUGUGUACAUCACCAAGGUGAUGAGCAAGAGCGCAGCGGACAUCAUCACCCUGGCCAGGAAGAAAGGCCCCCUCGUUUUUGGCGAGCCCAUCGCUGCCAGUCUGGGGACGGAUGGCACCCAUUACUGGAGCAAGAACUGGGCCAAGGCGGCGGCCUUCGUGACCUCCCCUCCCCUGAGCCCGGACCCUACCACGCCCGACUACUUGACCUCCCUGCUGGCCUGUGGAGACCUGCAGGUCACAGGCAGCGGCCACUGUCCCUACAGCACUGCCCAGAAGGCGGUGGGCAAGGACAACUUCACUCUGAUCCCUGAGGGCGUCAACGGGAUAGAGGAGCGGAUGACCGUGGUCUGGGACAAGGCAGUGGCUACUGGCAAAAUGGAUGAGAACCAGUUUGUUGCUGUUACCAGCACGAAUGCAGCCAAGAUCUUUAACCUGUACCCCAGAAAAGGGCGGAUUGCCGUGGGCUCGGACGCCGACGUGGUCAUCUGGGACCCUGACAAGGUGAAGACCAUAACAGCCAAGAGUCACAAGUCGGCUGUGGAGUACAACAUCUUCGAAGGCAUGGAGUGCCACGGCUCCCCGUUGGUGGUCAUCAGCCAGGGCAAGAUCGUCUUUGAGGACGGCAACGUCAAUGUCAACAAGGGCGUGGGCCACUUCAUCCCGAGGAAGCCCUUCCCUGAGUACCUCUACCAGCGCGUCAGGAUCAGGAACAAGGUUUCUGGGUUGCAAGGGGUUCCCAGGGGCAUGUAUGACGGUCCUGUGUAUGAGGUGCCAGCCACACCCAAAUAUGCAACUCCGGCUCCUUCUGUCAAAUCCUCGCCUUCCAAACACCAGCCUCCACCGAUCAGAAACCUCCACCAGUCCAACUUCAGUUUAUCAGGUGCCCAGAUAGAUGACAACAACCCCCGGCGCACCGGCCACCGCAUCGUGGCGCCCCCUGGUGGCCGCUCCAACAUCACCAGCCUCGGGUGAAGGCAACUCGUGGAUGAGCGAGCGUGAAGGAUUCUGGGAAGGAUGUCCAUCCCUUGCCCUGU